CAGUCGAUCAGCUGUUGAAGCAACUGCUGACUACCUCCGCACGAAGGGUAACUCAUUUGUCAUAUCUUAACCCAGACGAGGCAAACAGAAAUAGCGUUAUUUACAGAGUCCCAAAGGGUGAAAGAUAAAGCUCAGCAAACCAUGCAGGAUGAUUUACUGAUGGACAAAAACAAAGCCCAACCUCAUCAGCAGCUAGAUCCAGCAGUAGACCCUCCCUCCACCCCGACCCCUUCGGAUCCCCCUACAUUAGAUGAGAGCCCGUCGAGUGUGAGCAACCAAGCAGCUUCAGCUCUCAACAAAGAGAAAGUGCCGAUGGAGUCUCCGAUCCUGCCAGGCUUGAGUUUUCAUCAGCCGCAGGAAACCGGUGGCACCCUGUCCCCAUCAUAUGGUAGCACUUGGUCUACUGGAACUACGAACACCGUGGACGACAAUUUUAAUCAAGGAAUACCCUCGGUGAACGGAACAAUGCUUUUCCAGAACUUCCCCCACCACAUAAAUCCGGUAUUUGGAGGCAAUUUCUCACCUCAGCUUGGCUUGGCACAGUCUCAGCAUCCACAGCAGCAAGCCCAGCACCAGCCAGCGCAGCAACGGAGAUCCCCUGUUAGCCCCAACCACGGUCCUUUUCCACAGAGAAACGCUUACAGUCACCAGUCUGUCAUGAAUAGCAAGGCUUCUUCACCUGCCUCAUCUUCGGGUUGGAAUAAUCACCAAAAUGCCACUUGGAGCACAGCCUCCAAUCCAUGGAGCGGUCUCCAGGCAGGCAGGGACCCGCGAAGAGCUGUGGGAGUCGGGGUUGGUGUGGGGGUCGGUGUAGGGGUGCCUCCUUCCAUGAACCCCAUCUCCCCGAUGAAAAAGCCCUAUUCUAGCAACGUUAUAGCACCCCCAAAAUUCCCGAGAGCUGGUCUCCUCACCCAGAAAUCUUGGAUGGAGGACAACGCCUUAAGGAUGGACAACAGCAACAAUAUGCUGCCUUUUCAGGACCGGAAUCGGCCCUUUGAUGCAUUUAGCUUGCACUCUUUGGAGAACUCCUUAAUGGAUAUGAUAAGGACUGAUCACGACAAAGGACGCAUGGGUCUGAACUUCCACCACCCCGGAGCAGAGCACAUUACGCCAUUAAACACCAGGAGCUAUGGCCGCAGAAGAGGUCGCUCUUCGCUCUUUCCCUUUGAGGACGGUUUCCUGGACGACGGUCACGGUGACCCCUCUCUGACCCCGGGCUUGAACUCGCCCACGCGCUGUCAGAACGAAGAGCGGAUGGAGCGCUACUCCAGGAAGGUGUUUGUUGGAGGCCUGCCUCCUGACAUAGAUGAAGAUGAGAUCACCAACAGCUUCCGUCGCUAUGGACACCUGGUUGUGGAUUGGCCCCACAAAGCCGAGAGCAAGUCCUACUUUCCGCCUAAAGGCUAUGCUUUCCUGCUGUUCCAAGAGGAGACCUCUGUCCAGGCCCUGAUUGAUGCCUGCAUUGAGGACGAUGGCAAGCUUUACCUGUGUGUCUCCAGCCCAACUAUCAAGGACAAGCCAGUCCAGAUCCGCCCCUGGAACCUAAGUGACAGUGACUUUGUGAUGGACGGCUCCCAGCCGCUGGACCCCCGAAAAACCAUCUUUGUGGGGGGCGUGCCCCGGCCUUUACGUGCAGUGGAACUAGCUAUGAUCAUGGACAGGCUGUAUGGCGGCGUGUGCUAUGCCGGCAUCGACACUGACCCGGAGCUCAAGUACCCCAAGGGGGCGGGCCGAGUGGCCUUCUCCAAUCAGCAGAGCUACAUCGCUGCCAUCAGCGCCCGAUUUGUUCAACUGCAGCACAAUGACAUUGACAAACGGGUUGAGGUGAAGCCCUACGUCCUGGACGACCAGAUGUGUGACGAGUGCCAGGGGGCGCGUUGCGGGGGGAAGUUUGCCCCCUUCUUCUGUGCCAACGUCACCUGCCUGCAGUACUACUGCGAGUACUGCUGGGCCAGUAUCCACUCCCGGGCGGGCCGAGAGUUCCACAAGCCACUGGUGAAGGAGGGGGGCGACCGCCCUCGACAAGUGUCCUUCCGCUGGAGCUGAGGGGCUCGAGAUGAGCCCUCGUGCCCCCCCCUCCCCACCACCACGACAUCGGUGAAGAGAACUACAAAUACAUGGUUCAUUCUUUUUCAAACUACAACGCUUGACUACAAACUCAUUGUCCAGUGUACCCUUAUGAUAAUAGGGGGGAAAAAUGUAUUGCGUAAGUCUAUCUGCUUAGAAUUUGCACUGUGGCACAAAUACUCACUAAACACACAUGGGAUGGUAUGUUAGAGAAACCUGAUUUAUGUUUGAGUCCCCUGUUCCAUGACCGGGUUGGUCAGUGUCUCCUGUAGAACCCCACUGAGCUGUGGCAGAAGUGAGACUAUACAGUACAUAUAUAUUUAAAAGGUAUAUAUUUUUUUGUUUUAUAUAUAUAUAUAUAUAUCUAUCUAUACAUAUAUAUAGAUAAAUACAUUCUAUGUGAAAGGAACAUGCACUUAUUAAUUUUUAGGAUAUUGCCCCUUUAAAAAAACAUUACCAAAGGCAAAAAUAGAAUUACUGCAUACAGAAAAACUGAAUAGUAAGAUGAAGAUGUAGAUGUAGCAAGACUAAACAGUUAUCCAGUAGUGUGGGCCACAGUAGCCCAGAUAAAAAUAACAUGGCUAUAUUUUCUCUCCAUUUUGACUUUGAAAAUAGUAAAAUGAAUACCUCGAGGCGAAAUCAGAUUUUGUUUCGCUUUUGAUUAGUAGGUCUUUUUGUUUUUUUUUACAUUUUAUUUUCUAGCAUUAUGUUAAUGUAAUGCCGCAAUAGCUUUUGCUGCUAAAUCCAUGGUAUUAACAGAUACCGUAGUAAUUUAUUCAGGCUAGGGUGUUCUAGCAAUUAUGAAUGCACCUGGUGAUAAGGAUGAUGACAGGCUAUCAUUUUAGGUAGACUUGCGGUUGGGCCAGUAACCGAAAGGUCGCUGUUUUGAAUCCCCGAGCCGACUGUGAUAAAUCUGUCGAUGUGCCCUAGAGCAAGGCACUUAAACCCUAUUUGCUCCUGUAAGUAGCUCUGGAUAAGAGCGUCUGCUAAAUGACUCAAAUGUAUUUGUAUUUUUUUUAUAACGAAGAGAGGGGGUUGUCCAUUACUAAGUUAUGCCUAGUAUGUUGUGGGGUAAAGGGGGGGGGGUCGCCCCUUAAUGCAUGUAUACAGUAUUUCAAUCAAGUUGCUGCAUGCAGUAUAAUUUCAGUAUCAUGCCUACUAUUCAAUUCUGGCCAUGUUUGCACAACAUGCUAUAGAUGUACGUACAACUAGCAAGAAACUGGACACAAUAGGGAAGACAGACUGGUCAAAAAUCCUACACCUCCAGUGCGAUAUAUGUUAAUAGCCACAGGGCUGCAGUAUGAACACUGCUUCUGCACAAGGUGGCUAACCUGACCAGAUGACGAAAAAGUCAUACGAAUCAUGAAUCCAAGAGAUGUAGGAUAUAUAAUUUAAGCUGUCUAUGAUAGGUGUAGUACUUUUUUUUGCAGUGAUUUGUUAAUAUAAUUGUGGAGUUUUUUAUACCAUAUGUAGUAAGGUCUGAGUAUGCCUAUAGAACUGUGAUAUGCUUUAACUGUUGUUGAUGUCCGACAAAAGUCAUGUGGAACUUCAUGAGCUAGUUUAUGCACACGUAUUUCCGUUCUCUCGUACACACAUUCACACACACACCAGACCAGGGUUCAAAUACAUGUGUAUUUUAGUAUUCUUUUUUUAAUACUUAUUUUCUGUGUAUUUGAGUAUUUUCUAAUAAUGUGGCCUGAAUCAACUACUUCUAUUAUAAGUAUUUGAAAGUAUUUUCAAAUAAUUUCCUAUAAAAGCCUACUAUAUUGAAGUAUUUUCAAAUACAAUAAUUAACUGCAUGGGUGUGUAUUUGAGUAUUUUCAAAUACUUUCCAAGUGGAUUUCCAAAUACAUUCCAAUAUUCAACUGCUUGUAUUUUCAAAUCAAAAAUAUGUUUUGAAAGUAAUUAAAAUAACCAAAAUAGUAUUUGAACCCAGGUCUGACACACACUCACUUUACACAGGUUCUCGUUCUCUUACACACAAACACACACCUAUGCACUCAAAGUCUGACCCAAACACACAGAACAUAUGACACAGACUUAAGUGAGCUCGACUCUGAGAAACACAGAACCACUGUCUACCGUUGACAAAGCGUAGGAUCAUGUCCCCAAAAACCAAAGAGGCAACAUAUGUUCAACUUAAACCACCAACACAUACGGAGACCACAGAUGAUACUGCGCGAAGCAUUAAGCCCGAUGUCUGUGGGCUUCAAGGUGCAAGGUUUAACAUUUGUACUGUUAUGGUGACGAGGCAUUAAAGCCAGUGAUGAGAAGACCGACCGAGGGGGGGGGGGGGGGUUGUAAUAACAUUGCCAGAACAUUGUGUGCUAUCUGGGUUUACCGUAUUUAUCCAGAUUUUCCUGCAAAGCUUGAAAUAGAAUAAUGACCUGCUAAAAUGGUGGACAUUUUUAUUUUAUUUUUUAUCUGAAAAAAUACACAAAAAAAGAGACUAACCAUGAGUAAUAAUAAGUAUCCCUAUGAAAGUGAAUUCUGGGUGUUUUUGUGAUAUUUCUUUCCCCGCCCAGAAGGGUUUCUAUGUUUGUUCUGUCUCUAUAAUAGACAUUUGUUAUGCACUACUCUUUCUAUGUGGACAGUUUUCAAGAGUCAGCUAUUUUUUGAGGUUGAGAGAAAAACAAAAGCGUGCUUUCUGACUGACACGAUCUUUUUGCAAUACCUCAAUUUUGAAAUAUAUUAGGAGAGAAAUUGAUAUUUUCUAAGUUUAUUCAAAUAAAAACAAGUAAAUACAUUUAUUCGAGAGAUGAUUUAAGUGGUUGAUUUGAUUUUUUUUCUUCAUUAUUUUGCUUCAUUUUAAAUUGUGUUUUUUUUUUUUAACAACUGAAGGAGCUAGAGCAUUCUAACUUUGAUAUAAUGAUGUUGUUAGACGAAGUGAGGAGUCUACCUUGUUACAGAGGCGGUUGGAGUGAGUUUCCCGCUGGUCUGAUACCCGUGAAAGUGCAGAGUCACUAAGACAAACAUAUGAGUGGUAGUCUUCCAAGGAAAACCAUUAGUCCACAAAAAAAAUUCUACGGGAUAAGUCUAUUUGGUGCUUAGAAAGAUAACUGAAAAUGCUUCCCUUUUUUGUAUAUUUAUAAUCAAUAAUUUACUAUGCUGACCAGAAUUGUGAAAGAGAUCUUCUGUUCAUGUUAUUUUUUAAGAACACUUUUUUACUUUUCCUAAAAGUAUGUGCUCCCUUUGUUUUGUAAAAGCAACAUACCUUGAUUUGUUAGCCUGACAUUGUUUAAAAAGAGACUGAGCAGAUGGAGGUGGAAAGAAAAAUGUCUUCUUUUUCUUUUUUUACAAUUAAGAGAUUCAAGUGUAACUUGAUUUCAACUGUAACUUGAUCGAAAGUCCCCAAGGUGCAUCAAUUGAGUGGUGGCCUUCUAUUCACGCAAGACUUGAAUUAGUCAAAAAAUGAAGGCUAAAAACCUGUUCUUUGUUGUAAUGUGCAAUACUGUUUGUACUGUUUGUAAAAAAGAAAAGAAGAGAAAAAAAGGCGGCAUAAAUCUUUAUUUUCAUUGUGAUUCACUAAAAUCAUUUUCUACUGUUUAUUUACUUACUCUACAUGCUAGUACGUAGCCUUUGUACUGAGAACAUUUUCAUUUUUGCUAAAAAAGAAAAGACUUUAAACAUAUUGAAAUAUUUUCAUUUUUUUAUUUGUUUUCUUUACAUAUUUCUCAACCAUUAAGUUAUUUCUGGGGGAGACUUUCAUAUCUGGUCAAUGUCAUUCAUAUUAUUUAGCAUUUUUACAUGAAAUAAAUUAAUCUUAUGAUGCUAAUUCUUUAAAAAUA